CCGCUUCGGGUAGGGGCUCCCCCCGGCAGCAAUGGAGAUGCAGAAGGGGAAGGGGGGAGCGGCAGGAGGAGGAGGAGGAGGAGGCAAGUUGCUGCUCUCCACCCUUCUGGAUGCCAAGGAUGAGUUGGAGGAGAGGCUGGAGAGGUGUGUGGGCAUCGUGACUUCGCUGACCAACGGGCUGUCAGAGCGAGAGGCCAACGAUGCCCUCAAUGCACACAUAUGCAAAGGAGCCUCCCAACACGAGGAGAUCUGCCUGGGGCUUUUCACUCUGGUCCUGACCGAACCCACUCAGGCACAGAAGUGCUACCGGGACCUGGCCCUGGUGAGCAGAGAUGGAAUGAACAUCGUCCUCAACAAGAUCAACCAGAUCCUCAUGGAGAAGUACCUGAAGCUGCAGGAUACCUGUCGCACCCAGCUGGUGUGGCUGCUGAGGGAGCUGGUGAAGAGCGGCGUGCUCGGCGCCGACGGCGUCUGCAUGACCUUCAUGAAGCAGAUUGCAGGGGGGGACGUGACAGCAAAGAACAUUUGGCUGGCAGAGAACGUCCUGGAGAUCCUGACGGAGCAGAGGAGGCAGCACCGUGCAGAGACUCUGCGAGAGGGAGAGACCCCCACUCUGUCCUGGGCUCGUCCCAUUUCUGCUCUUCUUUAGCACUUCUGGACUCCCCCUGUGCUGAGCUCAGCUCCUCUGUCCCAUCUGAGCCUCUCACCGUGCACUGCUGCCCACCUGCACUUUGCAUAGAGCAUCUCCACCCUGAGCACGGCGCAGCUCUUCCAUUGCAAACCAGCGGAUGCAGCCGUCCUGAGCACAGGAGGAGCAGCUCUGGCCACAUCUGCCUUCAGCUCUGCAGGAGAGCUGAGGGAAAUCCGAGCGUGGCUGCUGGAGGAGUUUGUCAGAGGAGCAGAUGGGAGAGGAGAAGCUUUGGCUGCUGAUGAAGGCGCUGCUGUGUGUCGGUGCAGCGGCUCGGAAGCAGCACAAGGAGAGAGCUGAGGGUUGGGAAGGAGCCCGGGGUGCAACCUGCAGCUCAUUGCCGGGAUUUCUGCACUUUGAUUAGGAGGAGAACCAGAGCUUUAAUUAAAGCCACACGGGUGAAGGUCUGAUUCCACAUUCGGAGCAUUGAGUGCUUGCUUUAAUUAAAACCAGGCCCAACAAAGCUGCCUCUCCGCAGCCCCACGGCGCUCGGCUGCUGAUGGCAGCGCUUCCCCAAGGGCUGCGUUUUUCUGCCUCCAAAUCAAUGGGUCCCGGGGGUGUGGGCAGCCCCCCCCGAUCCUUUUGGACAUUUUUAUUUAUUUUCUGCACAGCUCACAGUGGGAGAAGGGGGGAGUGCUGACCCCACACCUCACCGGGAUCUCUUAAUUACUGCCGCAUCCUCCCUGGACGUAACCUUUGCGCAGUGCCCAGCUCACUAAUUAACAGCUGCCAGCACCCAGCGAGGAGCUUUCCCAGGUUCCCCCCGGUGAUUUAGGGCUGCUGACCCGUCUGUCCCCCAGGCCGUGGCUCUUCAGGUGGCAG